GUGCGGCGCGGCCCGUCCCGCCAUUGCCGGGGCAUGGAGGGCGAGAGCACCUCGGCCCUGCUCUCGGGCUUCGUCUUCGGCGCGCUCGCCUUCCAGCACCUCAGCACCGACUCGGACACGGAAGGUUUUCUCCUUGGAGAUGUGAAAGGUGAAGCCAAGAACAGCAUUACUGACUCACAAAUGGAUGAUGUUGAAGUUGUUUAUACAAUAGAUAUACAGAAGCAUAUUCCCUGCUACCAGCUGUUCAGCUUUUAUAAUUCUGUAGGAGAACUGAAUGAACUUGCCCUGAAGAAAAUACUAUCAGGCUGUAAGAAGAGUGUAAUAGGAUGGUACAAAUUCAGACGCAACACAGACCAGACCAUGACAUUCCGGGAGAGACUUCUCCAUAAGAACCUGCAGUCACACCUAUCAAAUCAGGGUCUUGUAUUCCUUCUAUUAACCUCUAGUGUGAUGACAGAAAGUUGUUCUACUUACAGACUGGAACAUGCCUUACAUCGGCCACAGGAAGGUCUUUUCCAGAAAGUCCCUUUGGUGGUUACCAAUCUGGGUAUGGCAGAACAGCAAGGCUACAGAACAGUGUCUGGCUCCUGCGUAUCUUCUGGCUUUGUGAGAGCAGUAAGACAACACAGGUCAGAGUUCUUUCACGAGGAUGGAUCCUUGCAAGAGGUUCAUAAGAUAAAUGAGAUGUAUGCCACUUUGCAGGAGGAACUCAAGAAAAUAUGCUUUACAGUAGAAGUCAGUGAACGAUCCGUAGAGAAACUCUUAGCAGAGGUGAGGCAAUUAAAAGAAGAAAUAAAGAGGAAAAAGCAACAAGGUUGUUCAGGAGAAGGCAGAAACUACACAGGAGAGCCAAAGGAGAAUGUUCUCCUUUGUCAGGCACUGCAAACAUUUUUCCCCAAUUCUGGACUUCAGACAUGUAUUGUUUCCUUCAAAGGCCAACAGAUACUGAAGAACUGCUGUAACAUUAACCAUAAUAUUAAUGUCAUGGACAAACUGACUCUCAUGGUAGAGGAAAGAGACUUCACUGAAGCUGAAACAAGACAUCUAACCAAGCGUAAAGUCAGAGGGACCACAACAGUAUCAAAGUCAUUCAAGAAAUCCAGAUCAUUGCAGCUUCACCGAGAAUCACUUGCAGACCCAGAGGACAGUGACCAGGACAGGAAGCUUGCACUGAGCAGCACUGAAUCGGACGAGGAUGUGUUGGAAAAAAAUAGAGACACAAAUGAAUACCCACACUCUCCUACUUUCUGAUCUGUUAAUGAUUUGUCAGAUGACUUCACACCAAAAGCUACUGCCACCAUAUUCAAGUGAUGUGUCAAUUUACAGCACUGCAGGGAUGUAUAUAACUUAAUCCAUUUUUGCAAAAUGUACAGGGUUUGUUUGGGGUUUCUGUCCAGUGCAUGAAUCCUGUUCAGCAUAACAAUGUCCAGAUGACAUUCCCUCAUUUUGCCUUCCAGAGUUCCAUCUGUAGUCUCUCUCUCAGGGUUUAAAGACUAUGCCAGCAGUCAAAUAAGCACAUACUGCCUCAAACUAAUACAACUUCAAGCUGCUGUUGAAGAAGCAGUACUAUCCUUUCCUCAGCAGAAUCUGAUGCAGGCAGCACCAAAUGAAAACAGAUAACUUAGAAUUAGCAGUCUACUUCAACUGCCACAAUUUGAAUAGUUUUAAUUUAUCCUUAGGAAACCAGUACUUGUUCAUUUCCCCCCAUCUUACAAUCCAGACAGGAUAAAAAACAGCCACCUAAAGUUUAACAAGACCUGUGAGCUCAGAAAGGGGUCUGGAAAGCUGCCAGUUUCUCUUACUGCCUUAAUAUUUCAUACUUCCUUCAGACAAUACAUUUUAGAGACUUCAUAAAAUUAAUAAAAAUCCAACUGACAUCCACCCCUCAGUCAACCACACACUAUGCUAGAAAACCACAUUUCCAGUAAG